AUGGGGACGAUGGCGCAGCAAGGACUGGCUCCAGGGCUAUCUAGGAAGCUGAAGAAGGUGCUGGAGUGCCGUACGGACACUCCCGAUCUGGUGUCUUCUCUCUCUACUCUCUCCAAUUUCUACUCCGACAACACGCCCCAGGCUCGCCGGAACCUUAGAUCCACCAUUGAGAAGCGCUCUCUUCAGAUCAACCUCGAUUUCCUCCAGGCUUCCAGCUCCGCCCAGAAGGCGUUGGAUCAAGUGGAGCAGGAGGUUGAUGCUCUUGCUGAAUGCUGUGACAGGAUUGGCAAGGCAUUGAACAGCUGUAGCGCAAGCACAGCUGAUAUUAUUAGCACCACUGAGAGGUUGAAACAGGAUCUUGAAGUUACCACACAGAGGCAAGAGAUCGCCUCAUGCUUCCUUCGUGACUAUCAGCUUUCUAGUGAAGAGAUAACUGCUCUGAGGGAAGAAGACUUAAAUGAGAAUUUCUUCAAGGCACUUUCUCAUGUUCAAGAAAUUCAUUCUAAUUGCAAAAUAUUGCUACGAACACAUCACCAGAGAGCUGGUUUAGAGUUGAUGGAUAUGAUGGCCGUGUACCAAGAAGGAGCAUAUGAGCGGCUAUGCAGGUGGGUUCAGGCAGAAUGUAGAAAGCUGGGCGAUACUGACAAUCCUGAAGUUGGUGAUCUUUUGAAAACAGCGGUCCGGUGCCUCAAAGAGAGACCGGUCCUUUUCAAAUAUUGUGCGGAAGAGGUAGCAAAUAUGAGGCACAAUGCAUUAUUCAGAAGAUUUAUUAGUGCUCUUACACGUGGAGGACCUGGUGGACUGCCAAGACCGAUAGAGGUUCAUGCUCACGAUCCAUUACGAUAUGUUGGUGACAUGCUGGGAUGGUUGCAUCAGGCAUUGGCAUCGGAGCGUGAACUUGCUCUUGCGUUACUUGAUCCUGAUGCAAAUGCAGAUGCUGGAUCAACGACAAACUAUGUUCCAAAGGUUUUGAUGAAUGGUAAUGGAAAGACAGAAUCCGACAUGACAUUUGUUCUGGACAGAAUUUUCGAAGGAGUUUGUCGCCCAUUUAAAGUUAGGGUAGAACAAGUAUUGCAGUCCCAACCAAAUCUUAUAGUAACAUACAAGCUCAGCAAUACCUUGGAAUUUUACUGCUACACUGUGUCAGAUUUACUUGGGAGAGAUACAGCCCUCUGCAAUACGUUGUGGCUACUGAAGGAUGCCGCACAGAAAACAUUUUUUGGCAUUCUGAAAACCCGUGGAGAGAAACUCUUACGUUAUCCUCCUCUUGUAGCUGCUGAUCUCUCCCCUCCACAGGCUGUGAGGGAAGGUGUAUCUGUUCUACUUGAUAUAAUUGAAACCCAUAACAGCAUGAUGGUUCCUGCUACAGCAAAAAAAUCAGAUUUUGGUCCAGUUAUAUCUGCACUACUUGAUCCUAUAAUUCAGAUGUGUGAGCGAGCUGCAGAGGCACACAAGUCUAAGGGUGCUGGUAACUUGUCAAGAAGGAGGAGCACUGGCUCAAACCAAGACAAUAAAUCAUCAGUGGACGCCCUUCUGUCGAAUGGAAGUGCUGGCCCGUCGUCCCAGAAUUCUGAAACGCCUUCCAAGAUCUUCCUCAUCAACUGCUUGUGUGCCAUCCAGCAACCAUUGUCCGGGCACGAGAUUGCUGCUGAAUAUGUAAAUAAACUUGGAGCAAUGAUAGAUAAGCACGUGCACGAUCUGGUGGGAAGAGAAGUGAACACCAUUCUUACAAGAUGUGGCCUGUGUCAAAAAAUGAUUUACUUCCAUGAUUCAGUUGACGGCGGAGCAACUGGGGAUUCGACGUCAGGGGCCAAGCCACUAGCAGAGGUUGAAGAGACGUCCCCAGCUGCUCUAGCAGAGUGCUUGAGGGCUUUCUUCGGGCUUGUACUGGGGAGUGAGAGUGCAAUUCCCGAGUUUGAACAAAUGCAGGUCCCAAGGUUGCGAUCGGAGACCUGUGUGGAGGUGGCUAGGUCGCUUGCUGGGGCGUACGAUCUUAUUUACAGAGCGAUUAUGGAUCCCAGCAAUGGCUACGCAGAGCCGAAAUCACUUGCAAGACAUCCCCCGGAUCAAAUAAGGACCAUUUUGGGCAUAUGA